AACGUCAAAAAUAAUUGCAAGCGAUUGGAACUUUGAAAGGUUUACCACUUCCACUUGAUAUCAUGUGUUUGUUAUGAGUACAACAAAAAUUAUUGAUAAGUGGAAAGUAUACAAUUUGUAGCACAUGAUGGAUCUUAUAAAUCACUUGCAAAAUUUGCGCUUGGACAGCCUGGACUGCGGCUGGGCUAAAGCUGUUUCUCAAAGUGAAUAUCUAGAUUUUGAAGAUUUGCCGCCUGAAUAUGAGAAUGCUAUUGAUUCUUUAGAAUUAGAAUCUACUUUUAUGAAUAUAAUAAGAGCACUGGAUUCGUGGCUUGAGGCAGACACAGAAGACAAUUCAUGGGCAUAUCUAAGUCAAACAAUUGAUCAUAUGAAGCUGUUAGCACUAAUAGGCUAUUAUAUUGAUUAUGGAUGCAAAAAUGUCCGUACCAGAGAAUAUAGGCUAAACGCUCUAUUAGCAUCUCGAGUGUAUUUUAAAUUGUUGAGAAUACCAGGAUACAAAACAUACAAUAUUUAUCACUCACAACUGUUUGUUCAAUCACUAACAUGCCUCAGCUUUCCAACGACUUUGAGUGAUGAGGAAACUAAUUAUACUUCAUCUCAACUAAUUCGAGAAAUUAACUGUGUUUUAAAACACUUGGAUGAGUUGGUUGAUGACAUGAAAUUAAUUGUUAAAAAUUUACAUCUAACACCGAAUGAUACGCAUUUUGAGGAAAUUCUGAAUAAUUCUCUUGAAACUUCGGCUUGUGCGAAAUUACAUAUUGAUAAGAUAUUACUAACAACAAUUAAUGCAAAGAUUAUCAAGAUAAUAGACAUUGUGCUAAGUGAAUUGAAAACCAAUCAACAUCAACAUGAGCUAGCAGUUAGGAUGCUUUUUAAAUGCAUUCUUUCUAGGCUUGUUGCUGCAUCCAUGGACAAUACCCCUUCUAAUAAAAAUGUUAUUCGACCAAACUUUGUGAUGUACUCAGUUUACCUAAUGUCAAAUUAUGCCCAACCAGGUUUAUCUAGUUAUACAAUUCUAGUUGAACAUCUGUGUUACACUCUGGAUGGUUUGGAAAAAACAGAAGUCCGUGAAAUUCGUGCUGAUAUGAUUAUUGGCAUUAUGUCUUUAUUAAAUUGGUCGACUUAUAAAAAAAUAACAAAAUGGAUAUUGCAACUAUCGAAGGACUCGAAAUUACAACAUCGACAGCUAGCUGUAGAAAUACUGGCUAAGAUGUUAGCAGGUGUUCACAAUGGCUUUGGCCCUACUGAGCAGCCAACUGAAAACAACGAUGCUAUUUCGCCAGAUGCUGAAGAUCCUAACGGGGAACCACAGCCAAGCACGAGUACUGCAAAUAACAAAAGUAAACAAAAUUCACCAGAAACAUUCAUUAUCACAGAUGAUACUAGUCAGUGCAGCCUAGAAUCUGGCGUAAUCAAACAGAUAUAUGAGGAGCCGCAUAAUAUUAACACCAUCAUAUGUGCACGCAAACAUAAUAUUCCGCACAUGGAAGUAAUUAGAGCCCUGUACGAACGAGUGCACGACGAGUCGGGCACGCUGCGCACGCGCGUUAUUUCUAUCCUAAAUGAUUGUCUCCAAAGCGAACACCAGCCGGUGAUCGAUGCCGUCAAGACGCUGCAGGGCGAGGGCUCGGUGUCGCGGCUGACGGCGGUGGCGGCGCGCGCGGUCUGCGACGAGCGAGCCACUGUGCGCAAGGCGGGCGUCGGCCUCAUGCUGCAGCUACUGCUGGACCCUGCCAGCGACACGCCGCGCUCCGAAGACCUUGUCAUGUUAGUGAGUCUGUGUCGGGAUGGAAGUUUAGUUGUUCGACAGGCUGCCAUUAAUGCUAUAGGUGACCUAGUGACAGCGAAACCUUGUGAGUCAGUUAUUGAAGCCUUUCUCGCAGGACCAGUACAUCAAGUCAGUGAUCCAGAGGGCAAGGUACAAGAACAGGUGUUGAGUCUUAUCGAAUAUGUCUUGAUUGAUAGACUCAAACAGUUCAAAACGUCAGGAUGCGAUCCGUUGCCUUGGAUGAUACUCGCAGGAAUGGUGAAACAAAAAAUGAAGAUGCACUUGCAAAAAGUCUGUGUUCUGCUUUCUAAGAAGAAGUGCCUCAACCAUCGUCUAGUGGACAAAUUGAGCACUCACUUGGGUGCAUUGAACAAGGAACGUGACUUGCAGUGUUUGGUACUUCUAACAAGUUUGGCGCGACACGUGGAGUGUUCGGAACUUGCUUUUCUACUGGAUUACUAUUACAAACUGGUUCAGAUGGACGAGCUCCAAGACGUGCGUCUGAUGUCACAGACUCUGGAACUGUUAAGCUUAUGGUCUCGUUUCCUGUCGCCUGAAGAACGCACCUCGCUACGUCAUCACAUCGUGCGCCGUCUUGUUGAAGCACAAGAUGAUGGAUGCCGAAUAUUGCGCGCAAAGUUAGCGGCCCAAUUAGAUCCUGACAACUUGAUAUGGGCCACAGAAAUGAUGCAGAUGUCGGAACAACGCGCUAUUUUGGACUGUGAUGUGAGUGAAGCUCUCCGUGCGGCCGACUUGUCUCUGGUGGCACCCAUACCACCCUCGCCGGGACUACUGCAAGUCUUUCUCCAUGCUAUCAACGAUGCACUUCCUGAGUGCGAGUCGGAGAGCGCGGCGGAGCGCGGCGGGGCGUGCGUGGCGGGCGCGGCGCGGCUGUGCGUGCGGUCGCGCGCGGCGGCGGCGGCGGCGGCGCCCACGUUCGCGGCGCUGCUGGCCGCGCCCUGCCAGCCGCUGCCCGUCCGCAUCAACUCGCUCGUGGCGCUCAGCGACAUCUGCGCCAGGUACACGUGUAUAGUAGAGCCGCUACUUGGCACGAUGUGUGAUUGCCUGUCCAAGGAGUCACCGGUGGAGUUACGUCGGCGAGCCGCUCGUGAACUCACUCGCCUUUUGUUGGGCGGAUUUUUGCGUCUCCGCACUCCUCUGUACUAUAGAUAUUGCGCCUUAUUAGCUGACGAAGAUAUUGACGUACGUGAGCCGGCGGAGUACUACAUGUCCUGUAGUCUUACCUCUGAUACCAUUUACCAUCACUUUGUUGAUUGCCUUCUACAUUACAACCACAAUGACAAAGAUCGUAUAAAUUUUGACUCCCGUCAGUUGAUCUACGAUGUGAUGCUGCAGCGUUUGUCCAUGGUGCAGAGGCUUAAUAUCCAAUGCCGGUUGGCGCGCGAGGUACUGGAACAUGCUGCGGACCUCAUGGAUGAAGAUGACGAACUGUCUCCCGCAAUGAAUGCUGCCCUUCUUGAUACUACCACACUGCUCACUGGACCCAGGCUGAAACUGCCCAAAAAACCCCAAAAAGCGAGCAACCUAGAAGAGUUACAGGAAAGAGUAACUACUAAUAUCGUAUCUCGGAAAAUGAAGAUGACAGUAGCUGAGGUAUUAGUGCCGGCAGUGAUAAAGUUAUACUCACGUAUGAAGCCGCGCGGAGGACAAUCAACAACAUAUCUCUUACAACUAUCCACUGAUCUCGUAAAAGACUAUGAAUCGGAGAUCGAGGAGGUGUUCGAAGACGACCGGGAGCUGAUGAAGCAAGUGAAGUGGUUCCAGGAGUCUAUCGGCAUGGAGCCGCGGCUGGGCAACGUGCGCAACCUGGUAACGCGCAGCGCGCCGCCCGAGCCCGACACGCCGCGCUCCUCGCGCCGCCGCGCCCGCGUCGCGCGGACCGCGCACUGUCCGCGCAAGCGGGCGCUGCGCGUCUAGUGCUGGGCUAUCCCUUACACUAUACAUCUGGCCAAAGAAUUCGUCACGAAUCACGAAUCUUUUCCGCGAAUACAAACGCACUAUACAGCAUGUGAAGUUUUAUCGCGUUCAAGUGGAGCUAUAGCAUAAGUUCUUCACCCACCCGACGACCCAAUACAUCCUGUUCAUUGUUUUUAUGAACUAAUCGAUGAGUAAAUUGACGUAAUAAAAGAAUGGCACCAAACAAUGCACGCGCUACAAAAUAAUACACGAGUUGAAUUGUACGGGCAUUGACCUAUACUCAAGGCUAAGAAUUCCAUUUCUGUUCACUUAAACAAAGAUUAUUGAACAAUAUUUGAAUUGGCAUAUCAUGCUAAUGACUUAAAGAUAUUGCUAAAAACUUUGGCCACCUGAAGAUUAUAGUUAACAAAACAAUGAACACUUUAUUUGACUAACUGAGGGUGGAGACACAUCAGGCGAAGGAAAUCGAGAAUAAAAAUAACAAUUUAAAAUUAAAGCUUCAACUAAUUAAGGCACAAUUUACAAAAAUUACAUAAAGCCUACUAAAUUCAUAACCAUUAACACUAAAUUCAAAUUAAAACAUCAAAAACAGUGGCGGGCACGGGUGGGCAGAGUCAACUACGUAUUAUUUUAUUUUAAGCUAAGAAAGGUUUUGUGUGGAAUACGCAUAGACUGCGUGGACGCAGAUAGAUUUAAUAUUGUUGAUGCAACAAAAUCCCUAUUUAGAUAUAAAUACCUAUCUAGUAUAUUUUUGUUAUCAAAUGAUUGAAAAGAACUAAAUAAAUUUCUAAUUUACUCGUUAUGUUUUGUAGGUAUAUGGAAAUCGUCAAGGUAGGCGGAGUGGUUGAAAGAGACAAGCCAGUAUAGAUACUAUAAUAAUUAGAAGGAAGAUAGACAGUUCUGAGAAGAAAAUCUGAAGUCUAUGAAAGUGAGAUGAAGCAAAUCUAUAAUGUAUUAUUAAACAGCUUGCUUCAUGUUACUUCCAAAGACUUAGGUCGUUACAUACUAAGUCGCUGAAAAUAGGUAGAAAUAAAGGCCCAAUCAACGUUCAUAGGAUAGAUUUUUUUAUUCCGAUUGAUUUGGGUAUAUAGUUUAUGAAACUCGUACGUUUUAUGAGAGCGGUUGUGUAAACAUUUUGAGGCUGAAUUCGGGUUUUGUUCCUCGUUCAUUAUAAAUGAUAAAUAACCAAUUUGUAAAUAACAUACCAAGGGAUACUGAGAUACUUUUCGAAAAAGAUUCUGAAUGUCAAUACACUUGCAAGUGGUCAUCUGAGUUACGGAAUAGUGUUGUGCCUAUACCACGACUGAAAUGAAUGGGGCCAAUGUCUAUCGCGGCGCAUUUAUCAAGUGAUCCCGUCCGUGUAAUUCAGUGUAACUGUGAUAUUUACUUAUUGUUGGAUACAGAAGACAACUAUUUUUCUAGACUGAGCUUGCUUACUAGAAGUGCACUGUAGUUGUAAAUUAGGCAAAUAUAAUAGUUAUUCAGCUCGCAGUGUUGCUUCUUAGUUUGGUGCGUUGUUGUUUGUUGUAGGUAAUAAGUACCUAUAAUAUAUAUAGAUAUAUACCUAUUAGUUAAUAAAAUGUAAUAAUAUUUUUGACACAAAUAAAACUAAACUACUGA